AUGAACAAGAAGCCAACGAUACAACAGAUGCCCAGCUUCUCCAACCGGUUUGGUGGAGGUAAUUUAUAUGCGUUUCGAGACACUCUUGGUGUCAAGCGGGCUCAUGAUGAGACCGACAUAGACCUACUUCAAGCUAGAUAUGUCAAGGCUAAACGCGUACGCGCUGUGAAGGUGACGGCGGUUUUGAAGAAGCAGCUUGGUGAUAUCGAGAAGUCUGUUAGUAGCAUGAGUAGAAGUGUCUUUGAAAUGAUGAUGCUAAUUCGAGAGGAACAAGAGCGCAAGGCUGAUGUAAAUCGCGAGGAAGAGGACAGGUGCCGUUGA